AUGUCAGUACCAAAAGUGGUAACCCCGAUCUACACUCGGGCUUACCAUGCAGCGCUGCAUAGGGAGUCCCUGCAGCACUUACCUUGUCCUUCGCUCCCGCGAUGUGUCCCCUGCAGCGUCCCCAGCCAUCUCCUCCAGCUGAUGCCGGCAUCCGGCUCCUGUGUUCCGGUCCCUGUGACGUCAGGACGUACGGGCGCCGAAAUUUGAAAAUUUUUUUAAAAAAUGUCAUUUUUUUCAAAACGAUUUUACAUAUGCUCUGUCCUGUCCCCUGCCUGCAUUUUGAAUGUUCUUUCUG